UUAGGUAUUGGUUUGAUCAGUGCAUCAUAUCUAAACCGUGGACAGUUUCUCUUCUUAAAAGUUGACGAAUUGUGCUGCAGUGAAGGACAACCAUGAAAAUCACUAUCGCCUUACUGGCCAUAAUUGGCUUGGUGGCAGUCAGUGCCUACCCACACAAAGUCGAAAAGAAGUUCGCCGAUAAGGACUUCUUGGCCAAACAAAAAUUCCUUUUCGAAAUUGUGUACCGCGUUGAGGAUCCUUUGAUGUUCGAGGAAUACAUCAAGCUAGGCAAAACCUUCACCUACGACAAGAGUGACUACGUGCACCCUGAACAACGUAGCGUCUAUAUGGAGAAAUUCUACAAUGCCUACAAAUACGGUGUUACUUUGCCCAAGGGUGAAUUUUUCGGCUCCUUGGCUUACACCCACUUCGAGCAAAUGUAUGGCUUGUUUGAUUUCUUCUACUAUGCCAAGAACUGGGAUAUUUUCAUGCGCAACGUCUGCUGGGCCCGUUUGAACUUCAACGAAGGCAUGUUCGUUCAAGCUUUAACUUUGGCCGUUAUCCACCGUGACGAUUUCGAAGGCUUGAUGUUGCCCGCCAUCUAUGAAAUCUUCCCUCAAUACUUCUUCAACAGCAAAUUCAUCUACGAAGCUGAGAAAUUCGAUUUUGAUGUCUGGAGCAAAUACAUCAUGUACGAAAAGGAAUACAAGGACUUCAUGUACAAGGACUACGCCCAAUACUUCAAGGAAUUCAAAAACUACGAAUACUUCUACACCAAGGACUUCAAGUUGUGGCAAUGGUGGAAACUCAUGGGUAUGGGUGAACACUGGUAUGCCGAAGAACACCACAUUGAACGCGACAACAUGCUUGUGUUGAACAAGGAUUCGAAAUAUAUGGAUUUGAUGAAGGACGUCAAAAUGUUCUACAUGCCUGUCGAUUACACUCGUGAUGUCUACUUCUUCAACAAGGAAUCUGAAUUGUCAUAUUUCACCGAGGAUGUUGAAUGGAACGCAUUCUGGUACUACUUUAACAUGGACUACUACCCAUAUUUGGACGGUGAAGACUUUGGUCUGAAGAAGGAUCGUCGUGGUGAAUACUACUUCUAUGUCAUCCGUCAAAUGCUUGCUCGUUACUACAUGGAACGUUUGUCUCAUGGUUAUGGCGAAAUUCCUGAAUUCUCCUUCUUCACUGAAGUUGAAUACGGCUAUGAUCCUCAAUUGAUCAACUAUAAUGGUGUUGGUUACUCUUACCGCAAGAACUAUUACGAAUACGAGACCUAUGGUAACUUCGAUUACAUGUAUUACAUUAUCAACUUCUUCACCCGUGUCGAAGAAAUCAUUACCCAAGGCUAUUUCAAGACCUACGAUGGCAAGAUGAUCGAUAUGCGCAAACCUGAAUCCAUUGAAUACCUCGGCGACAUCAUGCAAGGCAACUACGACAACUAUGACAAAUACUUCGCCACCUUCUGGUACAUGUAUGCCCAUAUGUACUUUGCCCACAUUGAUGACACUGAAUUCUAUAUCCACCCCAAUGUCUUCUUGAACUACGAAACCAUGAUGCGUGAUCCCAUGUUCUACAUGAUCUACAAGAAGAUCACCGAUGUCUUCUUCGAAUUCUAUGAAUACAUCGAACCCUACACCCACAAGGAAUUGUACUUCCCCGGUGUUGAAAUUGAAGAUGUUAAGGUCAGUGAAUUGGUUACCUACUUUGACUUGUUCGACUUCGAUGUUACCAACUUGUUGAACGACAAAAUGACCUUCGUUGAUGGUCAAUUUGUAUGGGACAAGAUGUUGAUGGGUCGUCAAAUGCGUCUCAACCACAAAGACUUCGACUUCGAAUACACCAUCAAAUCCGACAAGGAUCAAAAGGUUGUUGUCCGUGCUUUCUUGGGUCCUAAAUUCGACGAACAUGGCCGUAUGUUGUCUUUGAAGGAAAAUCGUGAAAACUUCAUUGAAAUCGAUGAAUUCUACUAUGAAUUGAAAUCUGGUGUCAACACCUUCAAGCGCAGCUCUAAGGACUUCUAUUGGACCACUGAUGAUCGCACCACCUACACAGAAUUGUACAAAUUCGUCAUGAUGGCCUACGAAGGUAAAUACGAAUUCCCCUUGGACUUCUCUGAACCUCACUGUGGUUUCCCUGAUCGUUUGAUCUUACCUCGUGGUUGGGAAAAGGGUAUGCCCAUGCAAUUCUUCUUCUUCGUCUAUCCCUUCACCGCCACCUACGAACCAUACUCCUUCAAUUACAACUACUCUUGCGGUAUUGGUUCUGGUACUCGCCACAUUGAUGAGAAACCAUUCGGUUAUCCAUUCGAUCGUGAAAUCAACGAAUACGAAUUCUUUGUACCCAACAUGUACUUCAAGGAUGUCAAGAUCUAUUACGAAAACACUUUCGAAAAGUACUACGGUGAUAUGUACGAAAAAUUCGGUACUUUCGAUCAUAGCUACUAUUACAAUCAUUAA